AUGUUCAUGGAUCGCGAAGCAUUAAUUCAUUUCAUUGGUGGAGCCGUCGGAGGAACAGCAGGUAAUCUUUUCCUGAGCGGAUUUCGGAACAUUUUGUUUAUGACUGUAUUAUCUAUGGACGUGUAUCACUUGUCCACUGGAAGUAGUAAAAACGAGGAUGCAGUCAAGCAAAGGAAUUACACCAGUUUGGACCCUGUACUAGUCAAGGAGGCACGCCAUCGCUCCGGUACUUCUCCACCUUCAAUAUCUCGUAGUACGACUGCUCCUAAGGGACCAAUGUCGUCAACAUAUAAACAUUUUCUUGGCGACAUCGAGCCGCGCCAUGGUAUGUCCGCUGGACUUUGUCGGCGAUUUCGUCGCAGUCACAAGCAAAUUGUAAAGAAUGAAGGGAUCGGCGGACUGUACAAGGGUUUAUUGCCGAAUCUCGUCGGUGUCGCUCCAUCGAAGGCGGUUUAUUUCUACUCUUAUUCGACGAGCAAACGAAUGUGGAACGAUUCUGGAUUCUUCGCUCCCAAUAGCGCUAUUAUACAUAUGGUCAGCGCUGGUACUGCAGAUACAGGUAAUCUUCUCAUGAGGAGACAUUACCAGUGUGAAAAUAUCAGGGAUCCUACUAUUUGGGAAGAUAAGUAG